UGACUCGGGCUGCGGCCUGGCGCUUUGGCCACCGUCGGCGCCCUGAGAAGGGUCCUGGUCGGACCUCACUUGCUCGGACAUGUGUGCGACACUUGUGCACUCACUGAAACAUGUUUGCGACACUGGAACAACACAGCCUGUCACGUGUAUGAAUAUGGAGAGUGAAAUAUGAUUAGUCUAAAGCAGUCGUGAUUUUUCCCCCUUUCAUGGAACCGUGUGCAUAUUGUGGCGUGUUAUGUAAUCCAGAGCGUGUUUUUCUGCUGUUGAAGGACGAAUGUUUUUGUUUACCUUUAUAUAAAGUGGACCUAGAGUCGAUCUAAGCGAUAUCUAAAGAAAACGUUUUCAUACGCAAUUAAAGUGUGUGUGUAUGUGUAUGUGUACCUGUGUGUGUGAGUUUGUGUGUGUGUGUGUGUGUGUGUGUGUGUGUGUGUGUGUGAGUGAGUGUGUGAGUGUGUGUGUGUUUGUGUGUGUGUGUGUCUACAAAAUAGGAUCAGGGGUACAGAGAUAGCUGAUUUGUGAGUGUUUGUGAGGGAGAGAGAAAGGGAGAGGCAGAGUUUUUUUGUGUGUUAAUUUUUUGUGUGUACGUGUGUGCGUUUGUCUGUAUGACAUUGUGUGGCAGACAAACAGCACAUUUCUUAUCAUGUGGCCGGUGACCCUGAAAUAGCCCAGCUGUGUGCAUUCACACGCCGCCGGACCGUCUCACUAGUCUGACAGUUUAGCUCGUCAAACCAACUGUUCUGCCAGCUGUUCUGCCAACUGUUCUGCCAACUGUUCUGCCAACUGUUCUGCCAACUGUUCUGCCAGCUGUUCUGCCAGCUGUUCUGCCAACUGUUCUGCCAACUGUGGGUCCCGUGACGCUGUCUGACAUGAAGCCGCGUCUUCUGCUUCUUCUUGUCAUCCUUUCUGUCAUCGUGCCGUCACGGGCGAGUUUGUACACGUCCUGUACGGAUGACUCGCAGUGCACUGCUGACGAGUCCUGUUGGUACUCCCGGAUCUGCUACCCGCUCUUCAAGCGCUGUACGGACCUCGGGAACCACCAGUACACCUGCGGGUCGCCUGAGGAAAUCUGCAAGCCCGCUCUGCGCGUGUGCGAACCGGAAAUGCCCUGUGACCUGGAUGGGUUCUGCUGGGGCGUGGGCCGCUGCGUCAUGUCCGGUGCUCUGGGUUACGGCGUCUGUCACUAUGACUACGUCGACGGAUAAACAAGUUGCCAUGGUUACUCUGUAACGUCUGUUGGCACUUCUAACAGAGGUCACUUGUUGGGAAGAUUGUGGGCAAAAUAAAGGAAUGCCAAGCAAAUUCUGCCAUGUUAUAAAACUGUCUUCAUUUAGCCCUAUUUACAGUCCUUACAGGUAAUCUAUAAUCUGAUAAACUUCUCCUUCGCUGCAGAAGAAUCGCAACGUAAGUCACGUGUAGGUAUGAUGAGUUCAGGCACUUUAAAAAACAAACAUGUGCAGCGAUUGGUACGCAUUAAUGUAAAUCAUUACAACAUAAAUCAAAACAACAGGGUCAGACGUUUUAUACCGUUGAAUACUAGUAUCUUCCAUCUGUGAUUCUCAGCUGAUAAAA